UCAUCAGUAUAUGUAUCAUAUCAUCAAUUAAAACAAAAAGAGCCUAAAAUAAAACAUGGCACCUCAAAUUUCAAGAGGCAGAGUCUCUAUUGUUGUUUUGCUAGCCUCUCUUGUCCUCCCACUACUUUUUCCGGAAUGUUAUUAUUCUUCUGUGUUCAUUGCAAGUGCAGCAGCCCCAGAAUCAGAUGUUGAUCUGUUAGAAUUUCCCUUAAACUUAGAAUACUUGGAGGCUGAAUUUUUCUUGUUUGGGUCUUUGGGUUAUGGAUUGGAUGUGGUUGCUCCAAAUUUAACUGAGGGAGGACCCCCUCCCAUUGGUGCCAGAUUGGCCAGACUUGACAGCCUUGUCAGGGAUAUCAUCUUGCAGUUUGGUUUCCAGGAAGUUGGACACUUGAGGGCCAUAAAGAGCACAGUGAGAGGGUUUCCUAGGCCAUUGCUGGAUCUAAGCACAGCAUCUUUUGCCAAAGUAAUGAAUAGUGCAUUUGGGCGACCUCUGGUUCCUCCCUUUGAUCCCUAUGCUAAUUCGAUCAACUAUCUGCUUGCAUCUUAUGUGAUUCCCUAUGUUGGCCUCACUGGUUAUGUUGGUGCUAAUCCACUGUUGCAAAAUGCUACUUCCAAGAGGCUUGUUGCAGGGCUUCUGGGAGUAGAGUCCGGGCAAGAUGCAGUUAUUCGAGCAUUAUUGUAUGAAUAUCGAACGUUAUCGGUACAACCAUACAAUGUGACUGUGGCAGAGUUCACAAAUCGCAUAUCAAUGCUUAGGAACAACCUAGGAGGUUCAGGUUUGAAAGAUGAGGGUCUUGUGGUGCCUAGAGAGCAAGGUGCUGAGGGUAGAGUCACCGGCAACAUUCUUGUUGGCGACAAAGAUUCACUGUCAUAUCCCAGGACUCCAAGGGAAAUAUUAAGGAUAAUAUAUGGAGGAGGUGAUGAACAUGUUCCCGGUGGCUUCUAUCCUAAAGGAGCAAGUGGUAGAAUAGCUAAAUAUUACUUGAAAACUACCUAAAGCUAGAGCAUUUGUUUCUUGAAAUUGUUUGCCUACCCUAUCACUGUAAAAUAUCAUAAUAAGAAUGCAUAUUGCUUGAUAAUAUGGCUACAAUUUAUAAAUAAUUUAUCAAAAAUCGAGUCUUUGUUAAUAUAUAUUUCUAAAAGGAAUGUAAUAGUUUUAUUGACAACUUUGAUCAUUGCCGAUCAAUAUUA